AUGGCUGGAGCAAUUGUUGAUUUUGUAGUUGGAAAGCUGAAGGAGCAAGCUUUCCAAAACGUAAUAUUCCAGUGGGGAAUCAAAGCUGAGGUGGAGAAAAUCACUGCUCGGCUAGCCAACAUGAAAGGCUACGUUGAGGAUUCUUCAGGCAAAGGGAAACAAGACACCAAAGUAGCAGAGAGCUGGGUGACACAACUGAGGGAUACCACACUUGAAGUUGAGGACUUGGUGGAGGAGUUCAUGUUGGAUUCCAAGCUUCUGGAACUCAAUACUCCUCCCUUCAAUUUUUGUGAAGUCAAGUCCCUGUUUGCCAACGUGCAGAGCUUGGUGGAGAGGGUGAAGAUACAGUUUUGCUUCCAUCAGCAGUUAAAAACCAUGGAUGAGAAGCUACUUGCUCUAGAGACAGACAAAUCAAAGUACGGUAUAAAACUCAAGACAAACGACGAUGGAAGAAAUGAGUUACUGAAGGGCAGUGGGAGUGGAUAUAUGAUGGGGAUAGAAGCAGUGGGGAUUGACAAGCAGGUGGAGGAGACAGCAGAGCUCAUUCAGAAGAAAUGUAGUGAGCGGAUGUUGGUGAUCACGGUUUGGGGAGCUGGAGGUUGUGGGAAAACUACUUUGGCCAAGCAAGUUUAUGAAAGAGUGAAGAAUGAUGGGAGCAUUGAUUGUUUUUCGUGGGUUGAUGUAAACCACUCCUCAGAUAUUGAAUUUGUUCUGAAGGAAACAAUCAAUGGGCUGUACACAAGUGUUGGAACAGAGAUGCCAUCAAAACUGGAGAAAGCAGAUGGAAAUUGUCUUCAGCACCACAUUUGCGAUUACUUGAAGGGAAAAAGGUAUGUUGUAUUCUUUGAUGAUGUGUGGGAUGAGAAGCUGUUGAGUAAAAUCAAUAUUCCACUCCAUCCUGCAUCUGCAAUUAUCAUCACUAGCCGUGAUAAAGGUAUUGCUAGCGGCUCUUUUCUUGGGGCUACGCCUCAUUGUGUUGAGGUGAAGCCACUAGAAUUGGAUAUAGCAUGCCACCUUUUCUGCAAAUAUGCUUUUCCUGCUCGGGUUUACCUGUUGCAAUUCUUGCAAUGGCUGGGUUGA